UCGAAUGAGCGUUAAUUAUGUCGGAGAUAGUGAAAGAAUCAAUGGCCGGCAGCUUAUUUCUGGUCCAAAAAGAUGAAGCCAAUCUUACAAAUUUAGGCAUCCCUUCAUCAUCCACUGACCCCAGCUCUUCUUCAAUCAACCAUUUUGUAAUUCCAUUUUCAUCCACUUUCACUUUCACUUUACUCUCACUUCUGAUUCUCUAUAUCAACGCCCUCAAAAUCACUGCCUCCUUCACUUCCACGCGCCUCUGCUUCAGCUGCUGAGCCCCCAACUCAAUUACCUACUACCGGAGACUGAAGAAAGCAGCGUUUGCCAUGGAGGAGAGGCCGGAGACGGAGCUCAUUUCCAUUCCGGCGACCCCACGAGUGUCUACGCCGGAGAUUCUGACGCCGACCGGACAGCGGUCGCCUAGGCCGCCUUCUAAAGAGGCUAAGUCGUCCACGGCGUGGACUCCGACGUCGUUUAUAUCGCCGAGGUUUUUGAGCCCCAUUGGGACUCCCAUGAAAAGGGUGCUGAUUAAUAUGAAGGGUUACUUAGAGGAGGUGGGCCAUCUCACCAAGCUUAACCCUCAGGAUGCUUGGCUUCCCAUUACUGAGUCCCGCAAUGGCAACGCUCACUACGCUGCCUUUCAUAACCUCAAUGCAGGUAUCGGCUUCCAGGCUCUCGUGUUGCCCGUAGCCUUUGCCUUCCUCGGCUGGAGCUGGGGAAUACUAUCACUAACCAUAGCCUAUUGCUGGCAACUUUAUACCCUGUGGAUUCUGGUUCAGCUUCACGAAGCAGUGCCAGGCAAAAGGUACAACAGAUAUGUGGAGCUUGCUGAAGCAGCAUUUGGGGAAAGAUUGGGUGUAUGGCUUGCUGUAUUUCCAACUGCCUACUUAUCAGCAGGAACUGCAACCGCAUUGAUCAUUGUUGGAGGAGAGACAAUGAAGCUCUUUUUCCAAGUAGUGUGUGGGCCGCUGUGUUCAUCAAAUCCUUUAACAACUGUAGAGUGGUACCUUGUAUUUACAUCUCUCUGCAUUGUUCUUUCUCAAUUGCCAAACCUCAAUUCAAUUGCUGGACUUUCUCUUAUUGGAGCUGUGACUGCCAUCACUUACUCCACCAUGGUUUGGGUCCUCUCUGUUAGCCAGCAAAGGCCUCUCACGAUCUCUUACGAACCCCUUUCAAUGCCAUCGCCUUCUUCUUCUGUUUUCUCUGUCAUGAAUGCACUUGGAAUCAUAGCCUUUGCUUUCAGAGGUCAUAACUUGGUUUUGGAAAUUCAGGCAACAAUGCCAUCAACAUUUAAGCACCCUGCUCAUGUUCCCAUGUGGAGAGGAGCCAAAGUUGCGUAUUUUUUCAUUGCAGCAUGCUUGUUUCCAGUUGCUAUUGGUGGAUAUUGGGCUUAUGGAAAUCUUCAGAUGCCUUCAGGAGGGAUGCUUAAUGCUAUAUAUGCAUUUCACGGCCAUGAUAUUCCCAGAGGGCUUCUUGCCAUCACUUUCCUUCUAGUUGUGUUCAAUUGUUUGAGCAGUUUCCAAAUUUACUCGAUGCCCGUUUUCGACAACUUUGAAGCUAGCUACACAAGUCGUACCAACCGCCCUUGCUCGAUCUGGGUCCGUUCUGGUUUCCGUGUCUUCUAUGGAUUUGUCAACUUCUUCAUAGGAGUAGCACUUCCUUUCCUCUCUAGUUUGGCUGGUCUGCUAGGAGGACUCACUCUUCCAGUCACAUUUGCUUACCCUUGCUUCAUGUGGGUUCUCGUGAAAAAACCUACUAAAUUCAGCUUCAAUUGGUACUUCCACUGGACAUUGGGCUGGCUAGGCAUUGCUUUUAGCUUGGCUUUCUCAAUCGGAGGAAUCUGGAGUUUGGUUACCAGUGGACUAAAGUUGAAGUUCUUCAAACCCAGUUGAUCAAAGAAUCAUCAUCAGAGCAGAGCAGCAGUUCUAAACAAAUGAGAUCUACCUAGAAGUGUGUCAUAUAUCGAUAUUUUCGUGGAUAUAGUUAAAAAGUUCGUAAAAUUCUCUAUCGAAACAUGGAAAAUCUGGUUUGUUACUUUGUC